AACAUAAAUAUAAAAAAUAAAUAGUAAAUAUGUAAUUUUUCUCAUAUCAAAAACGAUCAACCACUAUCGAAUUAUAUAUAUUAAUAAAAUUGCUAAUCUGAUAUUCUGAUUAGUGAUUAUGCCAGUUGCGGGUUUAAAGUCAGUUGAAUGUCAUAGUGGUUUGUAGCUAUGCAAUAUGCACGGGAUGCAAUGUGAAAUGUCAUUUUUCGAGUUUAAUUUAAUAUAUUAAACCUAUUUAUCAUCAUCAUAAUAGUCGUCCAAAUGAAAUUAUUGUUGGUAAAUACGAAUGUUACCAAUUGAAAUUUUUGAGUUCUGUUAAUGGUAUCCUUAAGAGACAAUGCUGCUGACGUUGUAUUAUAUGGCUUCCAAUUGGUUUCAAUCAUAUAGAUUAUCAAAUAUAAAAUCAAAUUUGAAAAAAUACCUCUCAAAAAAUUUGACAUUAGUGCUAUACAAAGAAAAAGAUUUUGUAGGAUUAGACAACAAAAACUUAUACAGUAAUGAAAAUGAUGAUAUAUUUACAUCCCUAAGACCUCACGGUAUUACUUCAGACAGUUGCAAAGAUGCUAGGUCCGCUCAACUUGAUCAGAUCCUAUCAUUUGUUGGGCAUAAAAGGUCAUGUUCAAUUUUUCCUGAGCAAAUAUUGAAUGUUGAUAGUUGGAUUCUUAUUCCAAACAACCCUAUUACUUUUCCUGCACACUUGAAUACACAUAAGCCAAUAACUUUAACACUAGAAACAAAACUUCAUUUAUUGGUUGAAGCUACUUACAGAAUGUUUAAUGUUCAUCAAAACAUAGACAAAUGUUUUAUCGAAGACUUUGGUGUGCCUAAAGCGUGGAGUGCUGGAGAAAAUUUUGGUCUAUUGUUGGAAACUGAUCUGGAUCAUUUUGCUAAACUUACCAGUAAUUUUAUGGCUAAUUCAAAAUCGCUGUAUCUGGGAAACCAUAUGGAAUUACUACGAAUACAAACUGUAAAAGUUGAAGGCCAACCGUGUGAUAUUGAAAAUAGCGAAUCAAUUGCGUCUAAUAUUGACUUUGUUUAUAGUUUACAUGAAAAUUGGGGUAUGAACAAAAAUUUAACAACUGUUCAAUGGAAAAAUUACUGUGAUACACUUUAUGCUGUAUCUGUGGCUGCAACAAAUGUAUUAAAAUCUGGAAAACCUAUUAAUUUUUGUUCAGCAGUAUUGUCAAGAGAACCUGAAAAUGAAAUAAGUAUGGACAAUUAUGUUGUUAUUGAAAAUGUACAAGAUGAAGUUGAUAGUACUAUUAGAAAAAAUGUUAAGUCAGAAAAUUUCACUGAGAGUAAAAUUCAUAAAAACACUCUUCCUGCAAUUGAAAUUCCAAAAGAUAAUCACUUACAAUAUGUUCGAUUUAACAAUGAAUGUGAAUUUAACAAUGGAUUAAAUGGAAAAUCAAACAGUGAAUAUGAUUAUGAAAGUGCUUCAACCAGUUCCAGUGAGUCUAUUAGUUUUCGAAGAAUAGUUCUCACUCCGAUUGAAGAAAAUGAAGUAAAAAUAUCAAGCGGAAUGAAACCAAUUAAAAGUAGUCCUGAUGUGUUUGGGAUAUAUAGUAACUCUUUAAAUACUUCAAUGACGAGAAGUCAUCGGUCAUUUUCAGAUUUUAGUAACAGUAUAGAAACAAGACCUCGAUGUCAUACACCUGUGCAACAUAGUGGUGAAUCAAAAACUGGAAAACCACCAAAUAUUAUUAUAUUUAGUGAGAGUGCUUCCAGUGCUCAACAAAUUCAGCAUUCAUUGGAGUCUGUCUUGCAUAGAUACAGGUACACAAUCUAUACUUUGAGCUUAGAGAAAAUGCUUCAUUCACCAUGGACAUCACAGGCCACAAUGGUAGUCGUCUACGGUGCUGUACCUGAUGAACUUUAUCCAUUACUUGAGCAUUACCUGUUAGUAGAAGGAGGUCGGAUCUUAUGCUUGUGUUCUGAUUUUCUUGGAACACUACUCCCAACUGCUUUUAGUACAGCUGAAGUGUGUUCCGAUGACAUUGUUAGCUUUACGUACCGUCCAUUGUCCAUGCGAACAUCUCUCUUGCACCAUGUUCUCUGUUACCAACCCAGCAUACCCAAUAAUGAUCAUUUUCCAUCUGAAAAUGGUGUUAAAGAAGAAAAGAAUUUAGACGUUGUAGAUAUGUUUGAUACAAACAACAAGCAUCAUACUAUUGACAUUCAAGUUCUGGCUGCCGAAGAUACCUGGGAAACGCCUAGUUUAAUCUUAGCAACAGCUCCGUCUGGAGGAAAAGUCAUUUUCUCCCAAGUGCAUUUAGAAAUCGAUGCCCAACAAAAUGGAGAAUACCGUUCAACUACUGAGGAUAGAUAUCUAUUAAUUAAAGAUUUGUUGAGCACCCAUUUGGGACUGGAUUGUGUUUCAUGUGAUCAAAAACCAAAACACACACCUGCUUAUUUACUAGGAACCGAAAAUGAUAAAGUUAAAUUUUUAACUUCUUUAAAUGGAAAAGUAUCAAAAAAUAAUGUGUUGCUAUUGAAAGACUUAAAAGUUCAGUUUUGCACAAAAGAUGAAAUGUGCAUUGGAGCUAGUGAAUACUCCUUGCCUGUAAUUUGCAAUGAUUUCCAAAUGAACUUCAGUGAAGAAGAAUAUUUCAAAAAUCUCCAUACUGAAGAAUUAGGACGCCUAGUAAUAUUUGGAGAAGUCAUGUCAUCUUCCAUGAAGCUCUUAAACGAUCCAAUAUCCUGGCAUGGGCUUGUAGUCAUUCCAAAACAACAAAUUACUGGAAUUGGUAGAGGUGGUAAUAAAUGGUUAAGUCCAAGUGGCUGUGCCAUGUUUUCUGUCCAGUUACACAUUCCGUUUGAUUCAAAACUUGGUCAGAGACUAGCAUUGCUACAACAUGUUGUUGCAUUGUCAGUCGUGUCAGCCAUAUGUUCACUGCCUGGUGGCUAUGAUAAACUUGAUCUCGGUCUAAAAUGGCCAAAUGAUAUAUAUGCUGGAGGAAAUGCAAAAAUUGGUGGAUUAGUCAUCAGUAGUUCUGCAGCUGGAAACACAGCCAUCUGUUCGAUUGGAUGUGGUGUAAAUUUAAAUAAUAAUUUACCUACCACUUGCAUAAACGACAUAAUCAUUGAACAUAAUGCAAACACUCAUAAUCAACUUAAGACAUUGACUUAUGAACAAUAUUUUGCAACUGUAUUUACUGAACUCGAAAGGCUAUUGAAUCAAGUUCAAAAUGGCAAUGUAGACAUUAUAUUUGAUCUUUACUACAAAUAUUGGCUCCAUAGUAAUACUGUAGUAACAGUACUUCGGCCAAAUAAAACGUCAUUCAAAGCCACUGUGAUAGGACUUGAUGAUCAUGGAUUUCUAAGGGUUCGUUCAGAAGAUGGAGACAUUAUAGAUGUCAGACCGGAUGGAAAUUCAUUUGAUAUGCUUGCUGGUCUCAUAGCUCCAAAAUAAAUAAUAAACUGACAUCAAUGUUUUUCUCUGAUAUGUGUAUUUUUAGAAAAUUUAAUUAUGUAUGAACAAUUCUCGGCCUAGUAAUGCUUUAUAACUAUUUUAUCAUAAUAUUAAAUAGAACAAUUCAUACAAUUUAUUAGUUCUUGAACUUUUCAUCUUUUUUUUAUUUUUGAUAACUAAUGAUCAAUUUUAAAUUGUAUAUUAAAUCAUUAUGGUCUUAUUUAAAUCUUCUGAUUGUUUAACUAUAUUAAUGAAAUCUCAUGUUUUAAUAUUACUAAAUAGUAAAUUCCACGGAUAAAUAUUAAUUAUUAGACUAUUUUUUAAAGUUAAAAAUUAUUUUUAGCAUAUUUUAAACUAUUUCAUAGAAAGUCUUUAUCAUUAAUCUAUAGACAAAUGUUUUCAAUUAAACAUUUUUUGUUUCCAUCAAGACUGGGUUGGCUUAUAUACUAUAUACUUAAUUCCUUGGCAUUUCAAAUAUAUAAGACUAAU